AUGAGUAAUAAUAACAACAAUGGUACCGGCGCAGCACCUGCUAACGCUCCCCACCACCACCACCACCAUCACCAUCACCACCACCAUCACGGCCAUGGCGGAAGUAGUUCAGCCCUAAACAAUCCGAAAUCUUCCUUAGCAGACGGUGCGCACAUAGGUAACUAUCAAAUCGUCAAGACGUUAGGUGAGGGUUCCUUCGGUAAAGUUAAACUAGCUUACCACACUACCACAGGGCAAAAAGUCGCUCUCAAGAUCAUCAACAAGAAAGUUUUGGCCAAGAGCGAUAUGCAGGGUAGAAUCGAAAGAGAAAUCUCUUAUUUAAGACUGCUAAGACACCCACAUAUCAUCAAACUGUACGAUGUCAUCAAAUCCAAGGACGAGAUUAUCAUGGUUAUCGAGUAUGCUGGAAACGAAUUGUUCGACUACAUUGUUCAAAGAGACAAAAUGAGCGAGGAUGAGGCAAGAAGAUUUUUCCAACAAAUCAUCAGUGCCGUAGAAUACUGCCAUAGACAUAARAUUGUGCAUAGAGAUCUGAAACCAGAAAAUCUGUUACUUGAUGAACAUUUGAAUGUCAAGAUCGCCGAUUUCGGUUUGUCAAACAUCAUGACUGAUGGUAAUUUCUUAAAGACUUCUUGUGGUUCUCCCAACUACGCCGCUCCUGAAGUUAUCAGUGGUAAGUUGUACGCAGGCCCAGAGGUUGACGUUUGGUCCUGUGGUGUCAUCCUCUACGUCAUGCUUUGUCGUCGUCUACCGUUUGACGAUGAAAGUAUCCCAGUUCUUUUCAAAAAUAUUAGCAACGGUGUUUACAGUUUGCCCAAGUUCUUAUCGCCCGGUGCUGCUGGCCUCAUUAAAAGAAUGUUGAUUGUUAACCCAUUGAAUAGAAUCAGUAUUCAUGAAAUUAUGCAAGACGAUUGGUUUAAAGUCGAUUUGGCAGAAUAUUUACUUCCACCAGACUUGAAACCACAUCCUGAGGAGGACAAUGAAAAUAAAGAAUCGAAAAAAGAGGGAAGUGGUCCUGAAAAUGAUGAAAUUGAUACCGACCUAGUCAACAUUCUAUCAUCCACCAUGGGUUACGAAAAGGACGAGAUUUACGAGUCCUUGGAAUCUUCUGAAGAUACCCCCGCAUUCAACGAAAUCAGAGAUGCUUACAUGCUGAUCAAAGAAAACAAGUCUUUAAUUAAAGAUAUGAAGGCAAAUAAAACUGUCAGCGACGACCUAGAUACCUUUUUGUCCCAGUCCCCCCCAACUUUCCAACAGCAACAGGUCCAGCCACAUCAACAGCGAGAAAUAGAUACGGAGGCUGCUAAGCAGCAUGCAAAAAGAAUGGCCAGUUCCACUACUCAGCAAAGAACAUACCACCAAUCACCCUUCAUGGACCAGUAUAAAGAGGAAGACUCCACAAUCUCCAUUUUACCCACAUCUUUACCACAGAUCCAUAGGGCUAACAUGUUGGCGCAGGGUUCGCCAGCCGCAUCCAAGAUAUCUCCAUUAAUAACGAAAAAAUCCAAGACCAGAUGGCAUUUUGGUAUACGAUCUCGCUCUUACCCAUUAGACGUUAUGGGUGAAAUUUAUAUCGCUUUGAAAAACUUGGGCGCCGAGUGGGCAAAACCUUCUGAAGAAGAUUUAUGGACUAUCAAACUAAGAUGGAAAUACGAUGUCGGAAACAAGACCAACAGUAAUGAAAAAAUUCCUGAUCUAAUGAAAAUGGUAAUUCAGUUGUUUCAAAUCGAAACCAACAACUAUUUGGUCGAUUUCAAGUUUGAUGGUUGGGAAAGCAGUUACGGAGAUGACACCACCGUUUCCAACAUGUCUGAAGAUGAAAUGAGCACUUUUUCGGCUUAUCCAUUUUUACAUUUAACCACAAAGCUUAUCAUGGAAUUGGCCGUUAACAGUCAAAGUAAUUAA